AAAAGGAGGUGGGUAGAAUUUUCCGUAGAAAACAAUUUUCUUUUUAGGGAUAAGAGAUAAAAAGGAAAUUAAUUAAAAAGAAAAAAGAAAAAGAGGAAGAAGAUAGCAUAUUGCGACACUCCCACGCGCUUAUUUUACAUCAUUAUCCACGCGCCUUGUACCUUCUCCCUACCUUGUCCCCUUAUAUAAAUACCCACCCCUUCAUUCCCCGCUCAAAUUGUCUCACGUUCUUUAUCGCGUCUAUCCGUUGAAACUUAAAACAAACUCAUUACAAAAUAAAAGAUAAAGAAAAAAAGAGAAAGAAACCCUAAUUCUUUUCUCUCUCUCUCUCUCCUUUUUUUUUUUUUUUUUGAUGGAGAAUCCAAAUUCCAAGAAGCGGGAUCGGGACGACUCGGCCGAGUCAGAAACCGGUUCGCCCGAGGUGAAGCGGCUCAGAGACGACCUUCUAGGUUUCUUCGACGAAUCCGAUCCUGAACCAGCCACUCAGGAUCUCGAUUCCUUGAUGAGAAGCUUCGAGGAAGAAAUCGCUACCGCAUCGUCUUCUCCGGUGCCGGUGGUUGAUUUGACGGCGGAUUCCGGUGAGUCUCAACCGGAGUUAGGUUACCUCUUGGAAGCCUCCGACGAUGAGCUCGGUCUGCCGCCUUCCAAUAGCCAAGAGGAAUUUGCUCGAAUAUCGACUGAUUCGUCUGACAUCGGUGAGAUGUGGAGGUUUGAGGAUCAGAUCCCGAACUACGACGCUUUCGAACUCGAAGGCGGAGAUGUAUACAGUGGCAGUGAUACGGCGGAGUAUGUGGCGUUCGAUGGGCUGUUGGAGUAUUCGAAUCUGUGCUUUGAUUCGUCGGAUAACUCCGAUUUUCUUUGGCGGCAAGAAUCUCUGCCGGCGCAGUAGGUAGAAACGUCGAUCUGUAAAUGUUUUUGGUUUAGAUUUGUUGGUGCGUAGGACUAGAUUGAUACAGAUGAUGCUGAUGAAUAUAGGAAUUGGUUCGUUUUUUCUUUCUUUCAAGUUCGAAUACACAUGAUUUCAUAUAGUGGAAUUCUAAUCUUUCUUUCUUUUC